GCGCGGGAGCCCAGCGGUGGCGAGCAGCGGGAGGAGCUGAGACCUCGGCUGUGCCACAUGAAGAAGGGCCCAGAUGGCUAUGGCUUCAACCUGCACAGUGACAAGAGCCGCCCAGGGCAGUAUGUGCGUGCUGUCGACCCCGGCUCACCGGCUGAGGCAGCAGGGCUGGCCCCCCAGGACCGCAUCAUCGAGGUGAAUGGUGUGUGCAUGGAGGGCAAGCAGCACAGUGAUGUGGUGGCAGCUAUCAAGGCGAGUGGUGAUGAGACCAGGCUGCUGGUGGUGGAUGUCCUCACAGAUGAAUUCUUCAAGAAGUGCAAGGUGGUGCCCUCGGAGAAGCACCUGACAGGUCCCUUGCCAGAACCAGUUGCCAAUGGUGAUAUCGGGAAGGAAAAUGGUGGAGAGCCACGAUCCAACUCGGUGUCUGAGAGCCCAUCCAGCCCGGUGCCACUGGCCAUGUCCCCCAACUCCAGCGAGACCCACAGCGAGCCUCAAACACAGGAGGGUGAUAAACACCAUUCAGCAUCUGGCUCCCUCCUGGACCUCGACAUCCCGCUGGCUGUGGCCAAGGAGCGGGCGCACCAGAAGCGCACCAGCAAGAGAGCACCCCAGAUGGACUGGAGCAAGAAAAAUGAACUGUUCAGCAAUCUGUAAAGGCCCUGAGGCAGGGUGAGGGUCUUCUAGCCCUCCCCAGCCCCAUAUCCACCUCUCCUGCACUCCUCUCUUCCCUGCCAUGGGCUCCUGGUGGAGAUGUGGGGCUGCUUCCUACCACCCUGACUCAAGUGCUGGGGUUUGGUGGCCACUGAGCAUCCCUGCAGAGCAGUUCUGGGACACGGAUGCUGGGGGUGCCCUCUCCCAAAAGCUCAUCCCCAGCGUGCUUCUCCAGCCCUGCCUUGAAGCCCUGCACACCCUGGUAGGCACAAGCAGGGGUUUGGGAGGGAUCAAGAAUUUGGGGUGGCCUGAUGCCCAACACUCCUGGUCCCUACAGUCCCCACUGUUCCCUGUUUUUUUCCCUAUCCCAUCUCCAUUUGAUAGCCCCCCAAAUUAUCCUUUAACUGCAAAAUAUGAGGCUUUUAGUGUCUUCUACCAUAUCCCACCUGCCCAGCCACUGACCACAGCCAGGGUGUGUGACCCUGACCUGGCAAGCUCCGUCCACAAUGACUCUGUCCCUCUGCCUCCUCAGCUGCAGGGAGGGGUGCAGGUGUCCAGCAUUGGGAAGUGCCCAGCACUCUGCCCUGGGGCAAUUUUGGGAGAGGAGAGGGUGCCUGGAGCCAGCACAGCAAGCAAUAAUAGUCUCCUUUGCUCCCACACACUCCAGGAGACAGAGCCAAUCAGGGUUUGAAUCCAACACUGUUUAAUUUAAAAGCUUCUUAUAGACUUUUUUUUUUUUUUCUGAAAUAAGUGUUUUUCCAAUCACUUUUUUUAAAAAACUUUGUUUUGUGGAAAUUCUUCCUGUGGGUGUUUUGUUUCCAUGUGCUACAAUCAGGUGUUGUUGUACUGUUGAGCUCAAGAGAAAUUCUGUUUACUGGAAUAAACCUUUCUGACUUCA